AUGCACCAGUUUCAGAUGGCGGGGCCACUGGACUGGGUAUUCACCUAUGCUGCACCGACGGGGUUCGCGUAUAGCCCGCCAUACUGGCUUAUUCUCGAGCUCCCGGAAUACUGGGCCAAAGGGCUGGACGACUGGAUAGAACAGUACGAGAAAGUCCUACCAGUCUUCCUGACGGUAAUGAAGAAGAGAGAGCAGGCUCUCAAGGAAAGCGAUCGGCUGUCAGACCAUAUGCUCAAGAGCUGGGAAACGGGCGACUUCUGGCUGAACUAUGCAGCUCGGAAAAGCUGGGCGUUCGAUAUGAUAUCCUGGGCAAAGAUUGACCGCAGGUUCUUUGGGCAUGGAAAUCUGGACGAUCGAGUGCAGCUGCUUACGCUAAGCGAGAUGGACGCAAUGGAGGGUUUCGUUGAGAGGAAGCUGAGGGCGAAGGAGGAGCGUAGGCUCUGA